ACACUAAGCCAGUGACAUAUAGCAAAUGAGUGAGAUGGAAACAGAUAGUAAACCAGGGAGAACGGAACUAGUACAGCGACUGCAAGCGAUUUCGCGGCAUGCAGCCGCCGACCCAAACGUCCCGCUUCCGGACUUGGCGAGUCAGUUGACGACACUGGUAGAGCAGAUUCGGGGAGCGAGCAACGUCGGCGGAGGGGGCGAGCCAAGCACCUCGGCGCCAGCGCGGACGCAUGUGGCGACGUCAGCGUCCGCAGAUGACGAGGGCGCCGCUGGCAAUGGCGAGGCUGGGGGCGAUGGGACCGGCGACGGCACGCCCUUAGCCCAGCCCGCCAAGAAGCAGAAACGAGCUCCCCGCGAGUUCGACUUCGGUCGCUACCGCACCCGCUACGUGGCUCUGGAGCUCAUGUACGUGGGCUGGGCGUUCCAGGGCUUUGCGCGCCAGGACAACACGGAAAACACCAUCGAGGGUGUGUUGUUCUCGGCGCUCCGCAAGACCAAGCUCAUUCCCGAGGCGGCUGCCAAGCCCAUCUCGGAGCUGGCCUACAGCCGGUGCGGUCGGACCGACCGAGGUGUGAGCGCCCUGGGGCAGGUGGUAGCGCUGCAGCUGCGGAGCUGCGCGCGAGUGGAGGAGCCGGAGGCGGACGUGGAGCAGGAGUUCGACUACCCGCGCCUGAUCAACAAGGCGCUGCCGCCCGAGGUGCGCAUCCUGGGCUGGACGCCAGUGCCAGCAGACUUCAACGCCAGGUUCAGCUGCCUGUACCGGCAGUAUAAGUACUUCAUCAUACAGCAGCGACUGCCGCAGCCGCCGCUGCAGCUGCCGCAGCUGCCCACCCUGCCGCCCGCACCCGCCGCAGCAGAGCAGGAUGCAGGGGACCCGGGGGCGGCGGAGCCGGGCCCCGGGUCCGCAGCGGACGCAGCAGCUGCUAGCAGCCAGCAGCAGCAGCAGCAGCAGCACUCGCUCGACAUUCAGGCGAUGCGGACGGCGGCGGCGCACUUCAUUGGCGAGCAUGACUUCCGGAACUUCUGCAAACCCGAUGUCGCCACGGUCCGCAGCUUCCGGCGGCGCAUCUUGUCCUUCACGGUGGAGCCAGUCACCACCUCCGCCGCCGACGCCGCCCACCAGGUGUACGCGCUCACGGUGCGCGGCACCGCCUUCCUGUGGCACCAGGUGCGCUGCAUGGCCGCCAUCCUGCUGAUGGUGGGCCGCGGCCAGGAGGCGCCGGACGUGGUGGCGCGGCUGCUGGACGUGGAGGCCUGCCCGCGCAAGCCGCAGUACAGCAUGGCGCCCGAGGAGCCGCUGCUGCUGUACGCAUGCGGCUUCCCCAGCCUCCAGUUCCGGCGCACACACGCCGCAGUGGAGGCCAACCUAGUGGAUGUGGCCUCCCUGCUGCAUCGCCACCUGAUCGGGGCCGCCCUCACCGCCGCCUGCCACUCACGUCUGGCGGAGGACACACGGUGUGCGGAGACGGCGAGCACGAGCAGUGGCGGUGCGGGCGCGGGUGCGGGCGCGGGUGCGGGCGGGCGCGGCUCCGGCCACGUGCCUCUGAUGCGCCGCCAGACGGAGCCGUCCAUUGAGGAGCGCUUCGCACGGCGCGGUCUGCCAUGGCCGCCGGAGCCCCUGCCUGGCGGCUCGGCGGCGGCGGCAGAGGAGGAUGACGGCAUGGGGGAAUGAGAGGGCAGCCGGCAGCGUUGGCAUUUGGCAGGCUACGGUAUCCUGAGCAGCCACGUCUCACACCUGACGGUCCAGCGUUUGGGAUUUCGUGGAGGGCCUGAGCUCAUUGCUAGGAUAGCUAGCUAGUGGCGGUGGAAGAGUACGGAAGCGAGUGGGAUAAGUGUUGGCGCUAGUGAACGCAACGCACAGUGACGCCUGUCGGCGACGGCGGGUGUGUGUGACAGGUGCGCGUUGUGCAUGACCCGGAUGGUCAUAAGUACAGCCCAGGUAGUGGUGGAAGCAAGCAGCCUGCAGCCUUAUGCAAUGCAGUUACAUUACAUGGGCCGAAGCUCACGCCGUCUCUGGACAGGCGGCUUUCAACCCAAUCAAAACUCGUGGGUCAGGCGCACAAGUGGUGGCCUGGUCACCCCGUGCUGUGGUGCGAUGCUGUGGCGCGCACGUGCACUGGAUGCGAGGUUGUUCAAAGGCAACAUUCAUAAUGCAAAUAUGCAACUUUGUGUGCGCCGUGGCAUAGUAGUGACGUGGCCACAUGCAAGACCGCAAUCACGCCACGACACCUGGGUGUUUGGCCAUGACAGCAUCGCAAAACCGCGGCCUUUCACCGGAUGGCCCCAAUACACCGUAGGGGAUUAGGGGCAUGUCGCACCCGUGGAGGGCACUGUCCUGCCUACCCACACCCUGUCUCCCUUACUUACGCCUGCACCGUGUUCCUUGCUUUCAAGUGCAAUCGCUAGGCACGCACAAUGAGCUUGACGAAGCAGGCCACGAGCGGGAACACGAUAUGUACCACUACAUUAACCACUUUGACCCAGC